CUUGCGUCUGUGCGUGGCGCGGUGGCCUGGAAGCCGUGGACCUGAAAGGUGUGUAAGCGGAUUAAGCAGAGAGAGGCUUCGGCGGCCAUGGCUCCCAACGUACCCGCGGCCGAACCGGCCCCAGAGACUCCUAAAGGCAUCCGGGCCGUGCUGCUGGGGCCGCCCGGGGCCGGAAAGGGUACCCAGGCACCCAAGUUGGCCCAAAACUUCUGUGUCUGCCAUCUGGCCACCGGGGACAUGCUGAGGGCCAUGGUGGCUUCUGGCUCAGAGCUGGGAAAAAAGCUGAAGGCAACCAUGGAUGCCGGGAAACUGGUGAGUGAUGAAAUGGUAGUGGAGCUCAUUGAGAAGAAUUUGGACACCCCUCCGUGCAAAAAUGGUUUUCUUCUAGAUGGCUUCCCUAGGACCGUGAGGCAGGCAGAAAUGCUUGACAACCUCAUGGAGAAGAGGAAAGAGAAGCUUGAUUCUGUGAUCGAGUUCCGCAUCCCAGACUCACUGCUGAUCCGGAGAAUCACAGGAAGGCUGAUUCACCCCGUGAGUGGCCGUUCCUACCACGAGGAGUUCAACCCCCCAAAGGAGCCCAUGAAAGAUGAUAUCACCGGGGAGCCCUUGGUCCACCGGUCUGAUGAUAAUGAGAAGGCCUUGAAAAUCCGCCUGGAGUCCUACCACACCCAGACUACCCCACUGGUGGAGUACUACAGGAAACGGGGGAUCCACUCUACCAUCGACGCGUCCCAGACCCCUGAUGUCGUGUUUGCCAGCAUCCUAGCAGCCUUCUCCAAAGCCACAUCCUAGUAACAGAAGGCCAGGCGAGACUGCACCACUGCUCAUCACCCUGCGGCGUGAUCCCUGCUCUUAGGUGCUGGGCAGAGGGGGGCGGGGGUGGUCAGGGUAAGGACGGAGAGUCAAGAGUGGUGAAGGGCUCGAGAAAAAUACUGGAAGAACAGUAGUGUUGUAGUGAAGCGAUUUCUUUUCUCUAUAGUAGUAGUCUUAAAAAGUAUGAGGAAUUAAUUUUUUAAAAGACUGAUUGGAAGAUAUAAGUAGAAAUAAGGAGGUAUAGUACUAUUUCUGAGAAAUCAAGUUCUCAUUUACUCUGGACUGGUGACAAUAUUUUUUUAAGCCAGAGUCCUCAGCCUUUAUCUCAGAACCCCAUGGGUUGCCAGCCCAGGGAAGCUGGAAUCAAACUGUCGUCCCAUCUGUGCUGUGACUUGGGACAGAGGGGUUGGACUGCUGACGCUGGCUCCUCUCGCCAUGGGAUCAAAAACAAUCUCCGCAUUUGAAAGAGAUAUAGGGUGUGCUCACGGCAGCAAAUCAAGUUUACAGGAGUCACAGGGAAGGUGGGACAGGCUGGUCCCACUCCCUUCCCGACUUACCAGUGAUUUACCAGUCCAUCUGACCUCAUGGGCAAGCACUCAGCAGCCACCCAGCACGUGCCACGGCCCCACGCCUUCUCUCAUCCAUGAUGUGUGACGGGACCCUUUAAAUAAAUGAGCAAGUGUUCUACGCAACAUCAUCCAAAGAUCGCCCUUCCUGUCCUCAAAUCCUGUGACUGGGACCACUCGACAGCACUGUGAUGUAUUUUCAGUGAGGUGCCUUUCUUAACUGACCAAAUGCUGCCUUGUUAGUCCCCUGAAUCAAUAAAGCAUAUAAAAGUUUUA